AUGGCAAAUAUGAAUACAUCAGACGACUUAUUACGAUGUCCAAUAACAUACGAACUAUUUCGCGAUCCAGUUUUAGCACCAGAUGGUCAUACCUAUGAGAGACAUGCGAUCGAACAAUGGAUUCAAAAUCAUGGAACAAGUCCGAUCACACGACAGCCAUUAUUCGUCGAACAACUCUAUCCGAAUCGCAAGGUGAAAGAACUUGUUGAUGUUUUUGAGACAUUAUUGCUCCAAAAAGAUUACCAGUUUAUAUUAGAUGUCGAUGUGAAAAAAAAAGGACGACCACUAUUUCAGACAAUUGGAAAAACAAUUUAUGACGCUGAGUGGUUGCACGACAAUAAUAAUCGACCGAAAAUAAUUCUAUUAAAAAUUGAUGGUGCUCGGGCAAAAAAAGAAGCAUCUUUCUACGUAAAAUUAAGUCGUCAUCCGCAUAUCAUUCGAACAUUUGGUUUUGUACAUGACAGAAAUCAUCCCGAUCAAAGUAAUUCAUUUCUGCUUUUACAAGAAUAUGCACCCGAAGGAAGUUUGUAUGAGUUGUUACAAGAACGAAGGACAGCUCCUGAUGAAAAAAUUCUCAUUCAAAUAUUUUUACAGAUUAUUGAGGCAAUGAUAUGCCUAGGAUCUAAUCACGUGGUUCAUGGUGAUUUAGCAUGUCGUAAUGUCCUGAUAUUUCGCUUUGACGAAAAUGAACCAGAAAAGAAUAUUGUUAAAAUCACUGACUUCGGUCUUAGUCGACAUAGUCAAUUGUAUUCAAUGACACCAGGUGCUGCAAGAACAACAUUGAACAUAGUUCCUAUUCGAUAUGCAGCACCAGAAGUACUUUUAUCAAAUACCACAUCAGAGGUUUAUACAGAAAAAUCAGACAUUUAUUCAAUGGGUGUGUUAAUGUGGGAAGCAUAUUCUCGAGGUUCAUUGCCAUGGGUGAACAUCGAAAACGAUAAUGAUGUCAUUCAAAGAGUCAGAGAUGGUGAUUUACUACCUAAACCAUCCAAUUGUAGUCAACCUUUUUGGUCAAUCAUCACAAAAACUUGGUCUAUAUCACCAAGUAAUCGUCCAACAUUUAGAGAACUGAAACAUCUUUUGAGCGAACAAUACUAUCAUCCAGGUAAUGUUUUAUAUGUAUCGUAA